UGAUUAAACACACAGAGAGAGUGGGGGCGGCCUCUCAAAACACAAAAAACCAACCACAAUAUAUUAGCUUCAUUCUUCUUCUUCUUCUUUCUCUUUCUCCAUAGAUUCUCUCUUUCUUUAUUUUCUCUCCACUCACAGUCUCUCCCUCUGCUUCAAUUUACCUAGCUUCCUCUUUCAGCUAUCCCAACUUCUGUCAUCAUCUACGUACAGUUUGUAGGUGGUGCUGAUGUCUACUCCUGCGAGGAAGAGGCUAAUGAGAGAUUUUAAGAGGUUGCAACAGGAUCCACCCGCUGGCAUCAGUGGGGCACCCCAAGACAACAAUAUUAUGCUCUGGAAUGCUGUCAUAUUUGGCCCUGAUGAUACUCCAUGGGACGGAGGCACAUUCAAGCUGACUCUUCAGUUUACAGAGGAUUAUCCGAACAAGCCCCCAACAGUGCGAUUUGUUUCUCGAAUGUUUCAUCCAAAUAUUUAUGCUGAUGGAAGUAUAUGUUUGGAUAUUUUACAAAACCAAUGGAGUCCUAUAUAUGAUGUAGCUGCUAUACUCACGUCUAUCCAGUCAUUGCUCUGUGAUCCCAAUCCAAACUCUCCUGCAAAUUCAGAAGCUGCUCGGAUGUUUAGUGAGAACAAGCGCGAGUACAACCGGAGAGUAAGGGAAAUAGUGGAGCAGAGCUGGACAGCAGACUAGCCCCAUGUGAAAUUUUCAAAGGCAUGUUUUAGUGAACAUUGCCAAUUCAUUACCUAAUGUCUGGAGCUGUUGAACUUCUCCUGAAUCUCUCAUGUCAUCCUUUCAUAAUAUGAAUGUUAGAACUAUUUGAUCGGUAUUAUACUAUGACUGUUGUGUGUGGUGUGUAUCUGUGCUUGUGUAAAAUAGUAUUUUAUGCUUCAAUUUGCGUUUAGUUUUCAUGAAAUGUCAUGCAUUCAUAUACAAGUGGUCUGAUUUAUUGCGAAUUAGAGGAAUUGCCACAUCUUGAAGGAGAGAUUAAUAAGAUGUUCAACAAGCUAUUCAUCAU